CCCAUUUAGAAACUCGUCAUCUUUGCUAUAUCAACGCGUGGCUCAGCUCAUGUCUGUUUCCAUAAAGUUGAAGAGGCAGAAGGCUGCUGCAGCUGGAAGUUUUUACACAUCCACGAAACUCCGUGAGACGAAACAGAAGAAGGAGAUCUCAUUUCAAACGACGGAGGGGUGAAGGACCACACCUGAUACAAGGUUAAAAGAGAGAGAGAGAUACCACGCUGAGACAGAGAGAGACUUCUUGAAAAGUAGAGAACUCCCAAGACUCAAAGGUUUUUCAGAGGAACCGAAGUUUAAUAAAGAUGAACAAUUUCUGAACGGAGACCCGUAGGAAGGCUGUCCAUCAACUCUAACGAUAAACCGACAGACAAAGAGAAACGCCUUUGUCCCUUCGCUGCCAUGGACUCGGGAAAGCAAAUAACGUUCCCCUUGUUGAUGAGCGUUGGCACUGCGGUGAUCGGCUCCCUGCAGUUCGGAUACAACACAGGUGUCAUCAAUGCUCCACAGAAGAUAAUUGAGAAUUUCAUCAAUGAGACGUAUAGAGAACGUUACCAGGAGCCCAUCUCCGAGAGCCAGCUCACAGCAAUCUGGGCCAUUUCUGUGUCCAUCUUCUCUGUUGGAGGCAUUUUUGGUUCCUUCUCUGUUGGAUUCUUUGUCAACCGUUUGGGAAGGAGGAACUCCAUGCUCAUAGCCAACAUUUUAGCCUUCAUCGCGGCUGCUCUGAUGGGUUUUUCAAAGAUGGCCAGCUCUUGGGAAAUGCUCAUCAUUGGUCGUUUUGUAGUGGGUCUCUACUCCGGCCUCUCCACUGGUUUUGUGCCCAUGUAUGUCGGCGAAGUCUCCCCGACAGGCCUGCGAGGCGCAUUGGGCACGCUGCACCAGCUGGGAAUCGUCGUAGGCAUCCUCAUUGCACAGAUAUUCGGGUUGGAGAUGAUCAUGGGUAACGCUGAGUAUUGGCCGCUGCUGCUGAGCUUCCUCUUCAUCCCGGCUGUGAUACAGUCCAUCCUGCUGCCGCUGUGCCCAGAGAGCCCCCGUUUUCUGCUCAUCAACAAGAAUGAAGAGAACAAAGCCAAAACAAUCCUGAAGAAGCUCAGAGGGGCAACAGAUGUGAGUUCUGACAUGCAGGAGAUGAAGGAGGAAAGCCGGCAGAUGAUGAGGGAGAAAAAAGUGACCAUCCUGGAGCUUUUCCGCUCUCCGCUCUAUCGCCAGCCCAUUAUUAUCGCCAUCACCCUGCAGCUCUCCCAGCAGCUCUCUGGAAUCAAUGCUGUCUUCUAUUACUCCACACGCAUCUUUGAGAAAGCCAAAGUUCCACAGCCAGUGUAUGCCACCAUCGGAGCUGGUGUUGUUAACACUGCUUUCACUGUAGUUUCUCUGUUCGUUGUGGAGCGUGCAGGACGCAGAACUUUGCACCUGCUGGGACUGAUGGGCAUGGCCGUGUCUGCCGUGCUGAUGACCAUAGCCUUGGCUCUGCUGGAGCAACUCUAUUGGAUGUCCUAUGUGAGCAUUGUGGCCAUUUUCGCCUUUGUGGCGUUCUUUGAGAUGGGCCCCGGUCCCAUCCCCUGGUUCAUCGUGGCGGAGUUGUUCUCUCAGGGACCCAGGCCGUCGGCCAUCGCUGUAGCUGGUUUCUCCAACUGGACAUCCAACUUUAUAGUGGGACUGGGCUUCCCGUAUGUAGAGCAAGUCUGCGGCCCCUACGUGUUUGUCAUCUUUACUGUGCUGCUGCUCUUCUUCUUCAUCUUCACGUACUUCAAAGUGCCAGAGACCCGGGGCCGGACGUUUGACGACAUCGCCGCCGGCUUCCGCCAGACGGCCGGCGGUGGAGCAGAGAAGCACUCGCCGGAGGAGCUGAACAGCCUGGGAGCGGACUCUCAGCUCUGAGCGAACGACUGCAAAUGUUUCAGACAAACUCUUUUUCGCAGGCCGAGUGCGAGCUGGAAGGGUCCGCUGGUUAGAAGUAGACAGAUCUUCUGGUCGGACUAAUUUUUACUCUGUCACCACAUUUCGGACAUCGUCUCCAAUGCGACGGUUUCUACUGCUUGGCUCUUAUUGCGUAAAAUAGAUACAUAUAUAUAUAUAAAAAAAGGAUAAUAAAAAAAAGAGAGCCUCCAUAGUUGAGGUGUCCCCUGACUGUAGGGAAGAGAGGAACUGACGAGAGAUCUGGAGGAAAUAUUUUUAAAGGAAAAGACGUAUUUGCAUCACUCCACCAGCUUCUACCACCUAUUUUGUUGGUAUUUUAUACUGAUAUGUUCUUUACUGCUCCAUGUGAUAAUAAACUCAGCACAUUGAGUUUGUUAUCUGGCUAAAGAGUGCUAUAACUGUAAAAACAAGUUCACUGUGGAGAGAUUCCUGUUUUUAUCGACCAUACUGUAUUGCUGUAUCUUUUUAAGACUCCGGCGCCGUUGUGCUACUGUGUUCUUCCACCAGAUGGGGCUAUUACUUUACAAAAGGUGCCCAAUGUUCCACUCCGACAAAACAGAAUGAAGUUACUUAGUAUACAAACCGUGAUGGCAAGCAGUUGAAUGUUUCUUAAAUUAACUCCUUGUUUAGUUACUAUGUCAAAUUUUAUUCUGCUUAAAAAGACCUUUCAUACCUAAAAUGUCAUUUAAAAAAAAAAUUGAAUAUAUUUGUGUUCUUUCUUUAGUUGCUUUCACAACUAAUGACAUUAGUUUUAAGAAAAGGAACUUGAAAUACCCCAUCUCUGGAGUAAGCUGCAACAAUUUCAUUAAAUCACUCACAACCAGCUGCCAUAAAACCAAAAGAAUUGCCUCACUUAGGUUUAAGUGUCCACCUGAAUCAAUGGUGUUUCCCCAGCCGUCACUAGACGUACGCUUCAGGUCAGGCUGACCUUAUCCAGACUGAAAAGCUUCAGUUUAAAUUCUCUAAUGUCCAAGAGUUGAGAGUUUGGCGCAUUAGCCUAAAAAAACGUGUUUUUCUCUGUCUGGAGCUGCUUGCCGUUCCUCAGAGACAGAAGUAGAGUACACCAAACUGAACGAGAGGAUUUCUGUUACAAGUUCUGCUAUGUUAGUGUUUGUUACUGUUUUGCCACCAGUACUGAAUUUAGCAGAAUGUUUCUGCUUUCUUGCUAUUCUGUAGUCAUGUCUUUUACUCUGCACAGAUUUUUGUAAAACAAAACAAAACAAAACAAAAAAACCUGAAACAAACCCAGUUUGCCUUGCUGCACAAAUCGCUGUCUAUCUCUGCUGUAUCCCUUGUGAGAAACCGUGUCUUCGCUCUGAGUUUGAGAGAAAGGUUAUCGUUUUAGCAGCACUUUAUUAUUCACAAUGAGAUAGACGUUGAGGUAGAGUCUGUUACCUUUCGAUGCACAGUGUGUAUACUUUGUCACUACAGUGAGAUGGAAGAACUGCUGACAGAUUUAAAAAAAAUGUUUUUUUAAGAUGGAACGUUGUGUUUGUGUUUGUAUCUUCCGUAGCCCUUUUUCUGCACAGAUUUGAACCAAUCAUAUCACAGCAAUGAAGACAUUUAACAUCAGCAACAAAAAGAAGUUUUUAAUCAUUCGAGGACCAGCAGUCUGCUAUUUGUGUAGCAGUUCUUUCCGUAACACUGUAACAUCUCCACUCUUUGCCUUUGUGUGCCUUUCACUUAAUAUCAACAGAAAAGGUUUAUAGUAGCAGCACCAACUGAGGUCUAUUGCUGAUACUAAAACUGUUAUAAUUUCACUCUUGUAUAUACUUUAUUAAAUAUGUUUGGGCAUUGAAUUGUCGAAUGUAUAGCCUGUGAUAUUGAGUACGCAGGUUAAAGACAUGAGAUGAAGGCAACACAUAGAUCCAUACCCGUCAGAACUUUUACUUUUUAAUUUUUUUUUUUUUUUUUUUUACACUUAAAUUAUUAAUGAUGUAGAGCAGCACAUUUUUCUUAUUUUUCUGUCUGACUACAUUGUUUCCACUUUUCAAUACUGUAACUUUUAGAUUUGCAUGUGAAAUUUUUUUGUAGUGUUUAGAGGAUUGUGGAAGAAUCUUUUUGUUGGGUAAUAUGAACUGUGAUGGAUGAUGCUGUAAAAAUGGUUUAAAACUUGUUGAAUAAACAAAAUCAAACAAAAA